GGAGAAACGGGACCGGACUGGGGAAAAGUGAUGAAGGAAGUCAGGGGUCUGGAUGUAAAUGUCAUUUAGGCAGAAACCGUGUCGUUGUAUGAGUUUUAUAUAAUUCUGUAAGGUUUCCCUGGAGGUCUGAGUUUGCUGACUAUGUUACCGCAGUUUGUCAAAUCCUCGUCGUGCCUGCCAAACUAGCUAGCUUAUAGCUAACGUCAAACUUUUUAACUUUUUCUUUUUUUCUAUGUGCGGACUGAAGAACGAAAUAUGAGAUGUAUUAUAUAGUUCAUUGUCCGUCUUUAAUGCCAUAUUCGUGUAGUUUUACACUAAUGUCAAACGAGUAAAUACUUUUUUAUACAAAACUAGUUUGGGCUAAGUCGCUAACGCUAGCUAGACAAACAGCUGAAUUGCUAGCAAAUCUGGAGAACACUCUACCUGUGCAGGGGUGAUAUUAUUUCAUCGAACUGGAGUCAUGGCGCUGCUCGGAGGCUGAUCCUGUAGUAGUAUUACCUCAUUACCGCCCGUCGUGUUUAUCAUCGACUAAACGCCUGUCAACAAAAUGUCACUGGAAGAGUUUGAGAGACAUUACGCGUCUCUCUCGGACUCGGGGUGUGAGUCAGUGAGCGGCGGCCCUGCUCCAGGCCUGUUCAGCGGGGAGGAGGAGAAGCUACACUACAUUCCCAUCAGGGUACUGGGCAAAGGGGCUUUCGGGGAAGCCACCUUAUACAGACGCACAGAGGAUAACUCCUUAGUGGUUUGGAAGGAGAUUGAGCUGACCUGUCUGCCAGAUAAAAAGCUCAGAGAUGUCAUGAAUGAAAUCAGCAUCCUGUCCAUUCUCCAUCAUAACAACAUUAUAGCGUAUUACAACCACUUCAUUGACAAGAACACCAUGCUGAUUGAGCUGGAAUAUUGCAACGGUGGAAAUCUGCAUGAGAAGAUUAACCAACAGAAAGGGAAACUCUUUACACAGGAGGUUGUUACAUGGUAUCUGUUCCAAAUUGCAUCAGCUGUGGCUCAUAUUCAUAAAGCUGGUGUUCUACAUAGGGACAUAAAAACAUUGAAUAUCUUCCUCACCAAGACCAACUUAAUAAAGCUAGGAGACUAUGGUUUGGCCAAGAAGCUGGAUUCAGAGUAUUCAAUGGCAGAGACAUGUGUAGGCACUCCUUAUUACAUGUCACCGGAGCUUUGUCAAGGGGAGAAGUACAACUUUAAAUCAGACAUCUGGGCCAUGGGCUGCGUUUUAUAUGAGCUUCUGACUCUCACCAGGACCUUUGAUGCGACGAAUCCACUAAAUCUAUGUGUGAAGAUUGUCCAGGGCAACUUUACUAUGGAGAUGAACUCAGAUGUUUAUUCAUCAGAGCUCAUAAAGAUAGUCCUUGAAUGCUUAGAUCCGGAUCCAGAGAAGAGACCUACAGCUGAUCAGAUUCUUGACUGGCCUAUAAUCUCCUGUGAUAAACUGAAGUUUGAGGGGCGUGUGGCUGCACUGAAUUCAGCCAUAAGGAAGCCCAGGUUGAGUGCAGUAUCAGACACCCCCGUUGCUGUAGUAACCACCCGUUCUAGAGAAUUGUAUUUCUGGGGAGGAGGGAAGUUCACCCCUCAGAAGCUGGACGUUUUUAAGGGUGGCACAAGUGCUCAGCAUGUGUGUGCAGGGGAGACGCAUUUCGCUGUGGUUACUGUCGAGAAAGAGCUUUACACUUGGGCUAGUGUUCAAGGUGGUGCGAAAAUGGUGGGCCAGCUUGGGCAUGGAGAUCAGGCCUCAUAUCGGCAACCUCGCAAGGUGGAAUAUCUGCAGGGAAAAGCCGUGAGACAGGUGUCUUGUGGGGCAGACUUUACUGCCUGUGUAACUGAUGAGGACCAAAUGUACAUGUUUGGCUCAGACUAUUAUGGCUGUAUAGGUGUGGAGAAUGAAAUGGGUAUGGAAAUUCUUGAGCCAGUUCUGCUGGAGUUUUUUCAGGAACGACCAGUGCGACAGGUGUCUUGUGGAGAUAACCAUGUGGUAGUGCUGACUCACAAGGGAGAAAUCUAUUCCUGGGGCUGUGGAGAACAUGGUAGACUUGGCCUGGACUGUGAGGAUGAUUUCAACUCUCCUAUGCUAGUGAAAGUACCAAAGAGCGCCUCAAUUUACUCUGUGUGCUGUGGCAACGAUGGGACAUUUCUCCUUACAGAUUCUGGAAAAGUCUUAGCCUGUGGAAGCAACGAGUUUAACAAGCUUGGUCUCAAUCAAGGCAUUACUGGUAUUAAGAACCACCCUCGGGAGGGUUGUCAAGACAUACCCUACACAACAACUCUGACAUUAGUGAAGCUGCUUGCCCACUUUAAGAUCCAAAUCAUUGCCCCUGGGAAAACUCAUACAGCAGCCAUUGAUGAGAGGGGACGUCUGAUGACAUUUGGCUGUAAUAAAUAUGGCCAGCUUGGUGUGAAGGACUUUAAGAAACAUCAAGGGGUUCAACUGCUUUUAGGACCCUUUGGAGGAAAAUAUGUCUCCAAAGUGUCCUGUGGAGAUGGCUUCACAAUUGCUGCUACAGAGGAUAAUCAAAUCUUUGCAUGGGGGAAUGCAGGAAAUGGCCGUUUAGGCAUGCCGGCAGAUCGAGGGUUCGGCUCUGAGGUUUGCCCGGCCCUUCCUCGCCCCAUAUUUGGUUCCCUACAUUACGUGCCUGACUUGUCUUGUCGUGGUUGGCACACAAUCAUUAUCAUGGAAAAGCUGCUAAACUCCAAAACAAUCCGUUCAAACAGUAGUGGACUGUCCGUUGGCAGUGGCAUAGGUCAGAGCUCCAGCUCCUCUUUGGACUUGGGUAUUGAGCCUUUGUCAGACUCCGAGCUGCGAGAGGGCAUUAUGGGAGGCACAGUGGAGGUUCACUUGGAGGAAAGAGGACCUGAGACUCCAUCAAUGGCAUUAAUGGAGAGCAAGACCAAUGGGAGUUCUUGUCCAUCUUGGCUUCGCAAGGAGCUGCUGGAUGCAGAAUUCAUUCCCAUACCUGAUGGCUCCAGAGAUUCCCUAUCUAGCCCUCUGGAUACGUCUUUUACAGAACGUGCCACACUGCCGUAUGAAGAGCUUCAAGAACUAAAGGCAGCUGCUGCAGCUGCUGCUAGUGGGAAUGGCUUCAUGCAAACAGUAUGGAUAGACUCUAAAAGCAUAAAUGGUGUGGACUCUGGAACUUCGAAGAAAAGUAACCUGCCACAACAACAUGCACAACAGACUUGCUGCCAAGCGAGCAGUGAGCUUGCACAGCUAAAAGAAAUAGUGAAAAAGCAAAAUGCAACGAUCCAGCUGUUACAGAAACAGUACAACGACCAGCUCCAAGAGAACGAGAGGCUGCAGAAAACCAUUAAUGACCUCAAAAAAAGCUCUUUUCAUUGUGACAAGAGCAACCAUCAAGAUGAAGAAGAAUGACUGGGAGAAUGAGACAUCACAUGGAUUUUAUAACUGAGAGCAAAUAAGGGUCUUCUCUGAACCGAAACCUCAGUGAGUGAGUAGGAGAAUGGGGAAUAUGUUAGUCAUUUGGAACUAAAUCUUCCUGCCAUCACAGUGUGAGGGGAAGGACUGUGCAUCACAAAAUAUUGUUGCUGCCUUUUGUUAAUAAUGAAAGAUUUUUUAUAGCAAUAUACGGUUAUACCAGUUGGCCACUGCAUUCCUGCUGCAUCAUGUUUGUUUGUGUGUAUGUUUACGCAACAGUGUAUACAUCUUUUUAUUCUUGAACCACAAUAUCAAUCAUUUGAGUUCAGAUCUUUUAAAAGUCUAUUUGGAUUAUGCAAGGUAUUUUCAAAACAUCACCUUUAAGCUUUAAGGUAGUUCAUGUGUGGUGCAGUUAUUGUCAGUAUCUAUCUGUACACCAAAUUGUCUUAUGUAGUUUUUCUCACAGGAGAAAAUACAUGGGCAUUUUUUUUCUCUCGGUAGAUUAGUGGGCUUGUAAGAUAUGCAAAAACUAUUUUUUUUUUCUGUACUUUCAUAUAUAUGCCUCAACAUAUUUUAUUUUGAAGAAUUAUUGACAUCGGCAACAAAUGAGAACCAUAUGAAAUUUUUACUCCGUUAUGUGCAAAUGUGUAUACGAAUGGUUUUUACAUAUCAUCAAAGAAUCUGUGACAAAGAAUGUACUACUGAUUUCCACUUUAUGUAUGCUUUUUUUCCCCUCUUGUGGUUGCAGUGUAUUUUUAUAUAGUUCAGGUGUCACUAAUGAGAGAUGACCUACUUCGGACUGAUCUUUAUGCAAGUGUUUCUAAAUCUGGGUUGCUCUUGGGCUGCUUCUUAUUUCUUUAUUUGCACCUGCUUGAUUACUUGUUUCUUCUUGAUGAAAACAAGAAUUGCAGGUGAACAUACUAACCAGCUGCCUUUGCUUGCUGAAACAUCAACUUAAAACAAUGAUUUUAUAAUUCAUAGGGCAUAAUGACGGGGGGUUGUAAAACAAAACAAAACAAAAAAAAAAGUGGAUUAAGCCAUGGCUUUAGCAAAAGUUUUGCUAAAUCAAUCUAUUACAAUUUAAUUUAGCCAAUUAAAAAAAAAUCUCUAUGGGAUCAAUAAAGUAUUUUGAUUAUGAAAAAGAAAACCUAUUUGGAAAUCUGAAUUUUGGUUUGGAAUGUUUGUUUUUGUUUGGAUGGACUUCCUGACUACCACCAUAGAUCCUGGGGGCUGGGAUUUGUUUGUGUGAGAAUCAUUCUUUUUUUUUUUUCUUCAAAAAAACAAAACAAAACAAAAAAAUAGUACUGUAAUAAAUUUUUGAGCUCUGCAUCUUUUUAGUGUCUUUGUAUAUGAAUGUGGGGUACUCUGUUACACACCUACCAGGAUGUUAAAUGAUGUGUGGUAUACAUUAUUUCAAUAUCCUUUUGUAUUUAAAAAUCCUAUAUGUAACAUUUUAUUGAGAUGGGUAUGCCAAAAGUGUACAAUGUGUACAUCCACUCUCCGAGCACAGCAAAUUCUCUGCUUUUUAAAGGUACAAUGAAACCAGACAUUUUUUUGUAUCUUUGUGUGUGGAUUGCAUAAUUCAAUUUUUUUAUUUUGUUUUCUUUAUGGUAAUUUAUUUUUAAUUUGUAAAGCUAUAAAGCAAAUUGCCAAAACAUCAUUGCAAACCCUAAGCUGUGGCCUGCAAACUCUCUCUCUAGCUCUCGCUCUCUCGCUCUCUCACGCACACACACAUUACACUUUUCUACAUUGACAAAUUUUCACCAAAGAUUUUAUGCCCCAUGUGUCACUGAUGUAUUGAAGUGUUUUCCAUAUGUAACUGCAUAUACUUAAAAAAAGAAUUGCAUGCAUCAUAUUAAUAAAAGCCCUGAAGUUUU